AUGGGAAAGAAGAGAAUGGCCUACAAACAAGCCUCCGGUAAAUCCACUUCCACCGUCCGUAAAGAAACCCCCGAAACACCACCGCCUACUACAGAGCAGCCACCAAACCCACAACCACAGCCGCGACCACCAUCACCACAGGCUCCGGCGAUGGUUUCUUUGAACGCACUGGCGGAGUUCCUCAGACAGCAGGACCCGAAUAAAGAUUGGGCGGCUGCGUUGGCAGGUUUUAGCCAAAUCGGAGGCCAAUCAAGCUUGACAGCAGAAACCCCGGUAGUACCAACCCCACCAACCUCCAUUCCGCCUUCAUCAACAAUUCCACCAGAAAAGAGAUCUCCCUCGACGACCGCACCUUCAGAAUACUCGGAACCCUCCCCUCCUAUUGAACCAAUGGAUGUUGACCCCCUUUCCGCCUAUUAUGACUUAGAUCCAGAAGUGACCGAAGGGAUAGAAGGCGAAGAGAAGAGGAGCCGGGAGGAAGGAGAUGAAUCGGAGAGAACACCGGUAGCGGAAACCGUUCCCCAAGGAAUGGGAAGGGAGGAUAGAUCUGAACGAAACGGCCAGAAAGCAAGGCCUGAUGAGGAGUUUUAG